GGUGAGCGUUGUUUUGCAAUCCCCGGUGAGGGAAGUGGUCGGGUUAUCCGGGAUCAUGACGUUGAACAGAUUGUUUGUCUUGUCCAGGACCUUUUCCGUCCGUAAACAUCUGCUUGAGUGUUUUGGGAGGCAAACCAGUAAAGAUGUGGUACAUCUGCAGCAGCGGAGACGCUUUAAAACCCACAGCAGAAGCCUCGCGUACGCCAAGGAUCUGUUCCUCGGUCAGGUGAACAAGGCUGAGGUUUUUCCUUAUCCAGAAAUUGGAAAUGAAGAGCUGGAUGAGAUGAAACAGUUUGUUGCACCCGUCGAGAAAUUCUUCAGGGAUGAAGUUGACUCAUCAAAGAUUGAUCAAGAGGCCAAAAUCCCUGCAGACACUCUGAAUGGGUUGAAGGAGCUCGGGCUGUUUGGAAUCAUGGUUCCUGAGGAGUACGGUGGUCUUGGAUUAUCCAACGUCAUGUACGCACGACUGAAUGAGAUCAUCGCAUUAGAUGGCUCUAUAGCUGUAACUCUAGCAGCACAUCAAGCCAUUGGACUUAAGGGGAUUCUGAUUGCAGGUAAUGAAGCCCAGAAGACGAAGUAUCUGCCCAAGCUGGCCUCAGGAGAACACAUUGCAGCUUUUUGCCUAACAGAACCUGGAAGUGGAAGCGAUGCAGCUUCCAUCCAGACCCGUGCAACCCUGUCUGAAGAUGGAAAACAUUAUCUCAUCAAUGGCUCCAAGAUUUGGAUUUCAAAUGGAGCAACUGCAGAUAUUAUGACAGUAUUUGCCAGGACUGAGGUGACGGUUGACGGUGUGAAGAAAGACAAAAUCUCUGCUUUUAUUGUUGAGAGAGCUUUCGGCGGCAUCACAAGUGGAAAACCAGAGGACAAAUUGGGCAUAAGGGGAUCGAAUACUUGUGAGGUGUCCUAUGACAAUGUCCCAGUGCCAUUGGAAAACGUAAUAGGAAACGUAGGAGAUGGUUUCAAGAUUGCCAUGAACAUCCUGAACUCAGGGAGGUUCAGUAUGGGCAGUUCCUGUGCUGGAAUGAUAAAAAAACUAAUUGAACUGAGCUCAGAGUAUGCUGCAACGAGGAAGCAGUUUAAUAAAAGUCUCAGUGAAUUUGGUAUGAUUCAGGAUAAGUUUGCAUACAUGGCCCUUAAUGCCUUCGUGAUGGAGAGCAUGGCCUACAUGACUGCAGGAAUGAUGGACAGACCAGGGGUUCCAGAUUGUUCUCUAGAGGCUGCCAUGGUCAAGGUGUUCAGCUCAGAGGGAGGCUGGAUUUGUGUCAGCGAGGCUCUGCAGGUCCUAGGGGGCCUCGGGUACACAAAGAACUAUCCCUUUGAGCGCUACGUAAGGGACUGUCGCAUCCUGCCCAUCUUUGAGGGAACAAAUGAAAUUUUGAGGAUGUACGUCGCUCUCACUGGAAUGCAGUAUGCUGGCAAUGUCCUCACGGCGAAAAUUAAAGAGAUAAAGAAAGGGCAUGUAGUUCUGGCGAUGGGCAUGGCCGGCAAGAAACUCAAAACCUUAUUAGGAGGCUCAGUGGACCUCGGCCUGACGGGAAAGGAUGGAGUGGUGCAUCCUAGCAUGCAGGAAAGUGCAAAGAAGUUUGAGCAGAAUGUCAACCUUUUUGGGUCAACUGUGGAGAGCCUACUGUACAGAUACGGAAAGACCAUAGUGGAUGAGCAGCUCAUCCUGAAGAGAGUAGCAGAUGUUCUGAUCAACCUCUACGCCAUGACAGCCGUCCUGUCUAGAGCCAGUCGCUCCAUCAGCAUCGGACUCAGGAAUCACGACAAUGAGGUGCUACUUGCAAACACUUUCUGCAACGAUGCUUUCUUCAAGAACAAUUACUGGAUGGUUCAGCUGCAAAAACAUUCUCCUGAGAAUAAUGAUGCCAACAUCAAGAAGAUUGCCACGGCGGUCUUCGAGAACAGAACUUACAUAUGCUCUCACCCUCUCGAGAGAACAUACUAAGCUCUUGCCAGUGAUCUUAAAGUCUUUGUUUAAAUUUGACUGGACAGCGUGUGCAAUUAAAUUCACUUUGUAAAUCA